AUGGAUAUUCCACAUCAAAACAGAUUCCAAACCCUUGCAGAGCAACCAAUAGAGAAUGAAGGAGGAGCUAACUACGAAGAAACGCCUUCCCCCAUUGUUAUAGCCCAUAAUGACGUAGACUGGUUGGAAAUUGAUGAAAUUUUUCAGGAAAACUGUUCCGAGGAGUUUGAAUCAACUUUGAAGAGCCCCUGCCGCACAAAAGUUGUCUUUCAGUGCACAUGGCCAGGAUGUGGCCAGCAGUAUCAAGAAUGUGAUCAGGUGGAAAGACAUGUUAGAACUCAACAUCUCAAGCGUGGCGGUGAAGCGUUGGAUUCUGAAGGCAGCGAUCACGAGGAAGAGUUUUAUUACACAGAAAUGGAAGUUGAAAGCCCUCUUAGCCCCUUUCUUCAGGGUUCCAUUUAUUCUUCUUCAGUACCCACGCUCAGCCACUUGGAUAUGGCCAGGCCUGCUCACGAAGAUCCAGAGUACAAAAAGCAGACUCAAGUUCUUGGACCAACUGUAGUGCAAGCGUCUCCUAUCUCCAUACCACAGCUGCAGAAGUCUGCCGCUUGGCAUCUCCAUGGAUAUGCCGCCAGUGCCCCAAGUAACAUGGGUUCUCCCCAGAAGUGCAUGCGUCUGAGUAUCAAGCCGACUUCCUCCCCCAGCAAGUCGUCAUCCCCGCUGCACCGUCGCACGCGGUCAGAAAGUCGCAAGUGUCGGAAAGUCUAUGGCAUGGAAAAUAGAGAUAUGUGGUGCACUCAGUGCAAAUGGAAAAAAAGCCUGUACUCGGUUUGUAGACUGAAAACACCCAGAGACGCAGUCUUCAGACAUCAUCUUCGAGAAUACUUAUUCUUCUGAUGUGUUUCUCUUUUUUUCUUCUGUCUCAAGAAUAUUGAAAGGAUUUUAUCUUGGUGAACUUGAGUCUGUGUAUUCUUUAACCAGGAAGAUCUCUCUCAAAUGGACAGCCACCUUCUAUGCAACUUCAUGAGCCUAAUCAACAAGAGCCUUCUAUGAGUUUCAUGAUACAGAUCUGCAUAUGAAGGCUAAAUAUUGGACAUAUAAACCUUGAAGAAUACUCAUGGCUGGUCAAAUUUGCAAACAUCUAUUGGGAUGAACCUUCUGUAGACUCAAAAGAUGUGUUUAGAUAUUGUUAACUCGUAAAAGAAUUAAUUUAAAUAUGUUUGUUCUAAAUUUUGCUUCUUUUAUUGAUAUAUUUAAGCUGUAAUUUCAGUAUAUUUAUUACUUUUUUUAUUUCAAAAUUUAUUUUAUAUUAAAUAUACUUUCUGAUAUCUUAUUAUUAACUCAUAUGAUGCAGUGACAUUAGCAGUCAAUGAAAGUGGUAUCAGAAAUGUAUUAUAUGUGUUAUUGUCUCAAGCCAGUCAUCUGUAUUUACUUCAAAGAAGUAUAUGUCACACUUCAACAAAAGUGGCUUUCAAAGUAACGAAACAACUCGAGGUAUAUCUGUCGUCCAAUUUUCUAGCUAUUUUUAAACUUAUUUUGUCAUUUCUCCCACAAGAUGUGUUCAAGUAUUUAUAAACAGCGGAAAGAUAAAUUGCCACUUCAAUUUUUUUUCUUUGAUUGCUCAUGCAUUUUUGGCCAAUUUCAAAGGUGAUUAUAGACUUUUAUAUUUAUAUGUAAAUACAUAUGUUUUAUUGUAUUUAAAUUUAGUAUAUAUAGAUAUAUUAUAUAUUAUAUAUAUAUUUAGAUUGAGAAUGUGUAUA